GAUUCCUGAUCUUAAUGAUCCUGAGAUUGCUCGAGCAGAAGCUAGCUUGGUUGAAACUUUAGACGAUGCUGCACGACAAAGCUAUGAACGCGCCCGAACAUUUCAAGAAACUUAUCCACCUGAUAGUAUUCCUACGGAAAUUACCUUAACUCAAUUCCUUUCCAUUCAGGAAAAAGGAGUGUCUGCAUGGGAGUUCGAACCAGAUCUUCAGCACACGAGCUGUUUCGUAGAAUGUCGUACUGAGAUCGCAUUUUAUGAUAGUGAAUGUUGUGUGCAAACUAAUCUUCCAUUACCGAAACAGCAAGAAGUAUAUUAUUGGGAAUGUAAAAUGUAUGAGAAACCACCAACUACAACUGUUGCAAUCGGAUUAGCAACUAAGCCUUUUCCUCUAUUCCGAUUGCCAGUUGCUUAUUUUUCAGACAGUGGAUCAAAAUAUUAUAAUUCGCCAUUCAACGGAAAACCUUAUGGCCCUCAAUUUCAUCAAGGCGAUGUUGUUGGUGUCGGGUAUCGUCCAAGAACUGGUACCGUUUUCUUUACACGCAAUGGUAAAAAAUUAGACGAUGCAUUUACUGGAAUGAAAAUGAAUUUGUUUCCAACCGUUGGAGCAAACGGUCCUUGCAGUGUUCAUGUAAAUUUUGGUCAAAUAGGGUUUGUAUUUAUUGAGGCAAACGUAAAAAAAUGGGGUCUUGCUCCAACAAUGGGAACACUUGCUCCACCACCAGCAUACGGAUCCGAAAGAGGAUCAAUUUUACUAGAGUCAAGUUCUAGAGGACGCCCAUCUGAAGACGUACCUCGUUCACAAUAUUCGCAUGUUGAUAAUGGUAUCAUGACUGGAAUACCUCCAGAAGCAGGCUUGGACAUUUCUCUUUCUGAUAUCACUGUUCCACCACCUUCUUAUUCUUCAGUAGACCGAUAUUAUGAACGUCAUUCGUUCAUGUCUGAAAACUCUGAGACUUAUUUAUUGGCUGGUGAUCAAAGUGAUUCACGAAGAAAUAGUUUUGAAAGUUCAUCUAGGGACCAACAACGAAAUGCCUGA